CAGCCCACCAAUGUUUUUGCAAUCCACCCCAAUCAGCCGCCUCUGCAAAUCGCCAAACGCUUCUCCCCCUGCCGUCCUGCGAACACCCUUCUCCAUCCGUCGCCAGUCGCUCGCUCGCACUUGGUCUUGCUCUGGCUCGCUGCCUCUCUCGCUCUUGCUCGCACCCACUCGCUCUCGCUCGACGCUCGCCCUCGCUGUUGCUCGCUAGCACUCUCGCUCUCGCUCGCUGCGGCAGUGCCGGUAACACCCAGAUCUGCUUCAUCGGAGCUUGGAUCUGUACAACUGGACGUGGCUUUGAACCUGUAAGAUUCGUGAAAUGGAUUAAUUGUAGGUCUAGUUACCUUUUAAAAUUGGGGACUCGGUGAAUUGUGAAAUGAGCUUAAUCUCAAGGGUUAGGCAUCGCUUACCUUUUGGGUUAUGUGGAAAACCCUUUCUUUUCUAUGCGUCUCUUAGCCCCAACUACUUAAAUGUUGUAUCUCUACACUUUGCUCAACCUGCAAGGAAAGAGGAAGAAGAUGAGGAAGUAGAGAUCGACCAAAGAAGGCUUCCAGCUGACUAUGAUCCCUCAACUUUUGAUCCCACACAGCAUCGUAGUCCUCCAACAGAGCGAGUUUGGAGGCUUGUUGAUGAGAUCUCAGGACUUUCCUUGGUCGAAGUUGCAGAGUUAUCUUCAAUUUUAAUGAAGAAAAUGGGUAUGAAAGAUCCACCUGUUGUGGGGGUCAUGAAGCCUGGAGCUGCUGGAUUGGCUGGGGUGGCUAUGAAGGCACCAACAGCAUCAAAGGAGGAGAAGAAACCUGAGAAGACCGUCUUUGAACUGAAAUUGGAGUCGUAUGAUGCGGCCUCAAAGAUUAAGAUAAUAAAGGAGGUAAGGAGUUUCACCGAUUUGGGUCUCAAAGAAGCAAAAGAUUUGGUGGAGAAAACACCAGCCAUAUUUAAAAAGGGUGUUUCAAAAGAAGAAGGAGAACAAAUAAUUGAGAAGAUGAAAGCUGCAGGGGCAAAAGUUGUUAUGGAGUAAAGGUGAAAAUGAUAACAGGUUUUGGGUUCCAGUCUUUAAGAUUUGUUAAAUCCUGUUAAUUUUUUCUUCAAGUCACUUGCUAUUUUGGGCUCUCUCAAAUUUAGUUCAAGUUGAGCAACGUGCUAGUGCUUGUUUGAACUUGGUGCUAUGAUGAUGAAUGUUGAACCUGUGAGGCUUCCCCUUUUUCCCGA